GGCCCCGUGCCGGGGCGGCCACUGGGACACGUCCGUGCUGGCCGGGAGGGCGUCGCUGCCCGCGAGGUGAGCGCCGUGCCCUUGUGGUGCGUUAUGGACCCCAUCGCCCAACGUCGCGUUUCGGUAUCUCCGUUUUGUUUUGAUGUAAUUCAGUUUAAAGCCGCCUGCCAGCUAGCAGCUGCCCUCAGAGAGGCCGCUUUGCGUCACGAAGGUUCUUUGUGCACGUGUGGGUCUGCAGCGCUGCGAAGAGCGCAACCAAAGAAAAAAAAGAAGGUGGAUCCAAAGAGAGAGCAAGCACAGAAGGAUCGUGUGAAAAAGAAGAUUAAAAAGUUGGAAAAAGCUGCACCAGAACUGAUUCCCAUUGAGGAUUUUGAAACCCCACUGAAGUUUUCAGAUAGCAACAGGGUGCGAAGCCUUCCCCCUCUCUCAUUUGAGGAGACCGAAAGAAGAGUUUUACUUAUGAAAAAGUGGUCUCUGUAUAAGCAGCAACAAGACAAGGCAGAGAAGGAAGCAAUUCAGAGCCUCGUAGAAGCUCAGCAAGAGGCACUAAAAGAACUACGCCUGGAAUCUGAGGAGCUCUACCAGGCAGCAGUCAGACGGGAUGAGGAGCUCUUCCCCUUUGAGAGAGAUGGACCUAAUUAUACCCCACCACUUCCUGGUUAUGAUCCUCCUGAAGGAAAGUGCAUCGAUAUCACCAAAGUGUAUACGCAGUGAUGGAGGUCGUUGCUCACCUGGCAUAAGCUGCUCGGCCGACUGAAGGAGGAUGGAUUGAGAACUACUGGCUCCUUUGGCACAUUAAAACGCGGUAGGCGCGUGACUGUAAAAACAACUGGGUAGAAAACCCACUAAGUGUAUGAUCUGAUUUUUAUUAAACUGCCAAGCUAUGUAAUAGAACAGCCA